AACUGACGACCAACUUGAGGAACGGAUAAGUGUAGAUACUCUGCACAGACAUAUAUAAGAAAUGUCCUCAGAUGAAGAUGAACCAACCAGUCCUGUCCUGCCCAAAGACUGGGACCGAGGCAGCUCUGUGUGCUCUGAUCUUCAGGAUGAGUAUGAGGAACUCCUACGCUAUGCUGUUGUCACCCCGAAGCUUGAGCCACUCGCCAGCGUUCCACUGAAGCACCUAAGCACCUCUCAUCUGCGUGCAGAUGGUCGGAGUUCCCACAGUAAAGAUAAUCCAAAAUCACAGCGCCAAGCAGAUGACGAUCAAGAUGGGAGGCAUUCUAGCAGGAGCUUGAGGUCAACACAAGUCUCACCUUUGAUCGUUGAGCCCUCUACACGUUCAAAAGCCUCUCAUGCUGACAGGAGGGGAGGCCUGUUGUCUAGCAGGGCGUCAGCGUUCUCAGACGCUCCCUCAGACAGGUUGCAGGUGAUGUCUGGAAGGUCUAGGCCAAACAGCCCAGACCCCCUCGAGUCUGCUGUGACAGAGAUGUUUAUUUCAGAGGAGAACUUAAACAAGAUGGAGAAUAUUCUGAACACGUGGAGCAAUAAUCUGAAGUCAAAUGUCCUGACUGAACUACGGAAGUGGAAGCUGGCCUUCAUGGAGCAGCACAAGCUGGAGAUAAUGAAGGAGAGGGAGAGGCAUGCAGCCCAGACAGCUGGCCUGAAGUCAGAGCUAAGUAGCCUAAAGGAGCUGCUGCACACCUAUGAGACGUCCAACAGCAGGAAAGAUGAGGUGAUUGCGAACCUGAGCCAUGUGGUGGAGAGACAGAAAGAAAAGCUUGAAAAGAUGAAGACGUUCACCCACUGGAGACUUCAGCACACUGAGGCCAGAGAAGAGACUCAUGCUUUUCGGGUAGCGCGGCAGCACUACAAUUUGCAGCUGAAGAGGAAAGUGUGGCUCGGCUGGCACUCCCUGAUUCAGAAACACUGGAGGGUCAAAGUGGAGCGAGCUUGCCGUUCGAGGGCCGAAGAGGUCUGCAGCCAAAUGUCCUCAGAGUACGAGGCCAAGCUGUCUGAGCAUUGCGACACUAUAGAGAAGGCCCAAGCAGAGAUCCAGAGACUCCGAUUAGAGCGAGAGCAGUAUGAAGAAUCUAUGAAGAAAGCCUUCAUGAGGGGCGUUUGUGCUCUCAACAUGGAGGCUCUCAGCAUGUUCCACUCUACAGAGGGACGACCAGAGCAACCUCCGGCUAAUGAUCCUCUUCCUUCUCAGGAUGAAGCUGCCUCUGCUACACAAGCUCAUCUUCAUCCUCAUCCCACCUCGUCAGCACGGUUCAGUCCAGUUCACUUAGACCACCCAGACCCUUCCCACAGGGAAGCAGAUGAUAUGGUGGGCUCUGGUGCUGCUAUGUUGCAGGAAGAAGUACCCCCUCCCACUACAGUGGUGCACAGCUCACUCCCUCUUGGGGGCAUUUCAAGUUCCCACAAACAGGUCAGCGGUCGUACCAUUACAUCAAGUCAACAAAAAGCCUCGAAGACCAUAAUGGCUCGCAUUACUGCACGCGCUGAUGUUGGAAAGGCAGCACGCAGCAACCUCCAGGUGAUGGGAGUGGCUCCGCCCAUGAGCUCCGUGGUCGUUGAACGCCACCAUCCCGUCACUCAGCUAACCAUCGGGCACGCCACAGCUGCCAAGUUUCCUCGUUCAUCCCAGCAGAGCCACACCUCCGCUGGAGGCAAAGGCUCCUCCAGAACACAAACCAGCACGUGCCACGUACACUCCAUCAAAGUAGUCGAAUGAUCGCACACACGUAUCUCGCACAAAGUGUUGCUCACCUAGUCGAGAUUUAACACAUUCUAUGCAACAGUCCUAUCCAUUUCUGCUUUGAAAUUAGUUUGAAGGCCAUUUUAUUUUAAGACCUUGCAAUGAAUUUGUCAUCCGCUCUUGUUUUCAGUUUCCUGUCAUGACUGAGCAGUAGGGUUUCUCUCAGGAAAGUGCUGCAUAGCCAGGUGUUUAGAACUGCAUAUGUAAAUGUUUUUAAUUGUUAGACAUAACAGAAUUUAGAAUUGCAAAAUGGAUAUUUAUUUAUCUAUUUCCUAUGAAAAAUGUUACUGUUAAAUUAUGCACAGCGACAGUGGACUGUACAGUUUCAAAUCACACUUACUCGUGCAUUGAUCCAUGUUGUGGCGACCAUCCAACACCAAGGUUGUUUACUUUGCUAAACCAAAGCCACGUCCUAAUGAUUUGAUGUACAAUGUUGUUUUUUAAAAUAAAUUAUUUUACUAUCUUCCUGUA